AUGGCUGCGGUUCAGACGCCAGCACAGCUUAGCGGACAGUACCCGGGAUCUGCGGUUCGGACCGCUUCUCUGUUCAACAACGGGGACGAGCAGCAGCUAGAUGGCGACUGGCGUCCUCACCUGGUGUCCAGCAAGUUCCGCCCAGACGAACAGACCUUACUGCGCGCAUACCAGACGUACUACGGAUGCGGCAUGGCGGGUCCGUGCUCAAGCAGCCGCUGCCCGAAUUGCUGGGACGGAGACACCCUUCAACAAGCUUCCAUCGACUGCUCCCGGUACAUCCGGGCACCCAUGGUAGCAAGUUGUGGCCUUGGUCGCUUGAAGGGCGGCGAUGUGAAGUCGGCGGCGCAGGCUGGGCCGCGUGACGAGUGGGCUCUCGGGAGUGGCGGAGGGGACAACGUAGAGGUGUACAAGCAACUUCCCCCGAUGCCCGCGGCGGGCCGUGCGGAUCCUACAGAUCUAACCCUGGUGAAGGUUCUGUACUUCUUCCGGCACAAGGGCAAUCGGCCUUUGAUGGGUGGGAACCCACCACCGCUCAUGUGGAGGGUGCUCGGUUACGAGUACACUGGGGUUGCUCACGCCAACGACCGCGUCCCCGAUUCUAUCACCGGGCAUCCGACGCUGAACGUUCGAGCCCGCGGCCGUCCGGCGGUGUACCCGGUAUCUGCCAUCUAUUGGCCGGUGCACCUCUACCACGCAUGCUCGCUGAGCGGCGAAGGUGAAACUGGCAGCUCUCACGUUUGUGGGGUAGUGACGGGCGGGGAAGGGUCGGGUCGUGGGGCUGGUGCUUGGCGCCACAGAUUCCGCCAGGCUACGCCGGGUACCACCGGGUAUGACAAGUACCUUUUGAAUGAGUGCCAUCACUCCAUCAACCAAGACACUUUCGUCUGAGCACGUCGGGCAUGUCAGAGCCGAGAGAGGUGGCGGUGCGGUCCGGGUGGGCGGAACAGGGUGAUGGCUACAGCGGUAGGGCGAUAGGCCGGCUCACGGACAUCACGCGAUGGACGGGCUGCAGCCUGGAGGGGCACAAAACAGCCACUCCGAUAUCAUGAAACAUUGACUAAAUUAUACGUGUACGAUGUAAUUCGCCUACUUUCGUCCUCUGUUGGAGAGUCAAUACUUCAAUAUGAUAGGAGAAUAGUGGGGAUGAUUGCCGACGGAUACGCACAUGCGCGGGCAGGGUGUGACUUGUUGCUUUUUUCGCCAAAAGCAAGGACAGAUUCAGUACUGCUGUUUGAUUUAGUCUACUCCGUAUAAU